CAGAUCAGUGCUAUGGUCAAGUCCAGGAACUAUUGCACACAGUCUUUUUGUUCUUUGAAUUUUGUAACUUGGUAAAAUGGGCCUGAGCUACUCCAGGGCUCAUCAUAAGGUGACAAAAGUGGCACCAGUGCAAACCAGAGAGGAGGUGCCUACUUCCCCUUGCACGUCUGCCGUGUGUGGAUUUCACAGCACCCUGGAAGAGAGACGUUUAUGCUCAUUUGCAGCCAUGGAAGAGCGAAAUCCAGUGUUUCAAAGGCAGCUUCCACCCCUAAGAGAAACUCUGUAUGGCAGAUGCUCCACAGUGCCCAGACCCAUUUCUUUUGACAUCAUGAUGGAAAAGGGAGAAACAAGUAUUAUUAAACAGCAUCCGCCUCGAAGACUCCAAAAGCUGGAACCCGCUGAUCUUCCACAAGUAAUCGCUUCCGAAAAGCUCCUCAGGCAGCAGGAAGGGGCAGCGGCCCGAAAAGCAAAGGAGCUGGAGAAGCGAGUGCAAACUGCAAAAUAUACGUCUGGAAGACGACAGCACUUACACAAGCUGCAGAUGUUAGAAAUGAACCGCAAGCGAGAAGAGAUGAAUCAUUUACAAAGCCAGGAGGCACUGAAGAGAAGUCUCCACAGGGAGGAAAAAACCAACAAACAAAAAACGAGGGAGCUCAAGGCUAAGAAAGUCCUCGAAACUCUUCAGAGAAACAAUUGCUCUGAAGGUGAAGACCUUGUCCCCAUUGAGCAUGACCAAACUUUUAAUGGAGACCAGGGAAAUACAUGGGAUGGAGAAUUCUUGGAGCGACACGAGAUGGCUGAAUCCUAUCCCAGCCAGAACAGUAAAGUGGAAAUGUGGUUCGUAAAGCACCAGGAGCCACAAGAUCUAUUUUGGGACAGCUCUAGCACUGACUCGGAUGACUGGAGAAGAGAAGAGAGAAAGCUGGGUCGCAGACCUGCACUAGUGAGAACCAAGACGGAGAGAAUCCCUCUGUUUGAUGAGUUCUUUGAUAAGGAAUUCUAACUGCAAACGAGCCGGGUGGGACUGGAGUCAUGCACUGAAAAAGCUCAGUUCUCUGAUUAUGCUUUAAACCCACUGGAUGGAUAGACAGCCGCUGUUAAGAAUGACUUCUCUUGUGAAGUAAAUAGAGUUGUGCAAGUAUGAAGAAAUACAAAGGAACACUGCAGAUACGGAUAUAACCAAACCCAUUUAUCUUUGCAGGUCUCGAAGGGCCACUAUUGUGAAGGUGCAUCUGCUUUGUGGAAAAAUAUAAAGAGAAAUUCAGGGGUAUAUACAACAA